AUGGGUGGAAGACGGCGACUGUCACCAUCUGAACAGUAUUAUCAGAGCAUCGAAGAGACCAGCGAGAUUAAAUCGCGGAGGUUACAGUUUUAUCACAACCUCAGGUUCUUCUACAAACGGAAAUGGUAUGUUACAUUUUUAUUUUUUCUGUUUUAGUGAACAUCUAUUAUUCAGAGAUUGUCUAUGGGAUUCUAUUACUUAUAUUUUGUGGUUUUGAUUUUAAUAACUGUUUAUAGUUGAAAAGGCUUAUAAAUUAAAGUAUAAUGCAUAAUAUAACGGUUUUUUAUAGGAACGUAAACCUAACUCUUCCCGUGAUAAACGGCAUCGACAUAGACUUGUUUAAGCUCUACGAUAAGGUCAGCUCUAUUGGAGGAUGGCAUCGAGUAACUAGUUUGGAAAGGUGGCACGAAAUCGCUCAGAAUGUGCUUGGUUUUGGAGAAAAUGUAGCUGGUGGUGAAUAUUGCGCCAAGUUGAUUUACAUGAGAUACCUGAGCAAGUUUGAACAAUGUGAAUCUGUUGGGGAUAUUGACGACAAUGAAAAUGAAAUGGGAUCAAGAUCUAGAGUCCGAGGGUUCUCAACGUUCGUGUCUUCUGAAUGUCCGUUGGGGAAUCCAAAAAGAGGUAAGAUUGGUUUUUUUUGGUGAAAUCUGAUUUCAAAACUAGCUCUUAGGCAUUGAAAUUGCUAUUAAUUAGGUCUUUCUGGUUUUAUCUACACUUUUAGGUAACUUUUUCAAUUUAAGGUGCCUUUUCAGGUUUUGUGGACGAUGAUUGUGGAUAUGACAGAAUUGUAAAAGGCUUGUGUAGUGGACUACCUAAUGAAGAGGACUUUUGUGUUAAUCUCUGUACUGUUCUGUCAGCUCCUGGACCUCAUGCUCUUCAGGUUGAGACUUGUGAAGGGAUUAUUCCUUUGUUGCUUGCUCAAGUCGCCAUCUUUGACGAUUGCUCAGAUAUUCUGGAGCAACAAUUCAAACGCAGACAGAAAGAGUUUGGACGCAAUUUCGACAAAUUUUGGUUUUCUGUCGGAAUCACGGAUCCUGAAGUGCUGAACUUGUUACCUGAUACUGAUGGGAAGCCAACCACGGUUGAGGACAUUAAUUUGUUCCCUGCUUUGUCACAAGUCAAGUUAACUGAAAAGGCUUAUAAACUGCACGAACUGAGGGUGAAUCAAGUCUUAAACAUCAUCAGAAAUCUGUCGUUUGAUGAGCAGAACAGAGCUGCUUUGGCUUACUCUUUUCCAUUGAUGAAGUGAGUUGUUUUGGUUAUUUUAUUGGAAUUAAAAUUGCUUAGAAUUUUAGUUUUACGAUUGAUAUAAUUCAUUUUACGUUUAUCUUGUUUUUCAGGUUUUUGACGAUAUGUAUGGCUUGUGACGAUUAUCCUAUUCGAAACUCAGCUUUAGAGACUUUGGGCGAGUUGGCCAGCUCUGUAAGUUGUUUGUUUUUUAAAAUAUUUUUACAAAUUUAGGUAACAGAUAUUCUCAUAAAGAAUAAUCUUAUUUUGUAAUAUAGGAUAUGGUUUCAAAAAAUUAUUUAUGGUAUAUUUAGGUAACAUUAUAUUAAAAAUUAACUUUAAUUGGUAUAUUUCUGAAAUUUAGAUUAAUUUAUGCGAAGACUUCAUGGCCAGCUUCUGUUAUAUUAUUCUGAGACAUCUGCGAGCCUUUUUGAUGGCCGACGAUCGGUUUCUGAUCAUUCGAGCUACCGAGAUUCUUGGUGGAUUGUGUAAUGUGUCAGAAAACGAAUCUUUAUUAUGCGAGUUCUUUGAUACAGAAGUUGUUGAACGGUUACGUGAUUUAAUGACGGUGCAGGACGUGCUGAUCUGUACACAUGUUUUGGAUUCGAUUUACAUGGUAGGUUAGGUUUUACAAUUUUGAAUUUUUCGUUUGUGUUCUAUUUUAUAGUCUUAAAUGACGCUUCAUAAUUUUCCGAUGUUUUUUAGAUGUCUGGAACUGGAAAGUCAAUUUGUGAUAAGAUUUGCGACACUUCGAAAAUGUUACCUACUUUGGUCAACUUCACAACUAUUGAAGGAAACAAGUUCACGGCCAGUGCUCUACAAGGUAUCAAGGUUGUGGAAUACCGGGAAGAGGUCGAGAGGUCUCAGCCUUACCAAACUGUAAGUUCAUAUUCUAGUCCUUUGCCAUCGGUCGUCUUUUUACUUAACUUCUAUAUUAAUGUUACUGUUUCAGUAUGCCAUUCGUAACCCUACUGCCCUACCUCAAUCACAAACAGUGCAAGCACGACUCAUUUCUUCUGUUCAACCAGUAGCAGGUGCAUCCUAUCGGCCUCAUAUCGUAGUCAACUCUAAAGGUGAAUAUCCACUUCCUCUUCCCAAGACAGCUCUAACAGCUCAACUCUCGAAGCCGGCUGAAAUGAGUUCGGAGUUCAGAGUGGAACACUUUUCCAAGAUCUGGAUCAGACAGAAUUGUCAAUCUGAUCCGAGUGGAGUUGUUGACCGAGGUGACAUUUACGCUGCUUACGUCGAGAACUUCAGGAAUACCCACAAGAUUCUGUCGUGUUCUUUGGUCAACUUUUGUAAAUUUAUAAAGUAAGUUGAUCGGAGAAGUGUUAAUAGUACUUUUAGGGACAUUUUCCCGUCGAUUGAAAUCAAACAAAACCCCCAAACCAAGGUAAUGUGCAUCGAAGGGAUCAGGUUUUUGAAGAAAGACGCACGUGGUAAGUUUUUCUAUUCAGUUACAUUAAAUGUAUUAUCUAAUUGUUAUUUUUAAAGUGCGAGUUUCUUAUUUUGAUGUUUAGUAGCCAACGCGACCCCAAACACAAAGCCAGUGGAGUCUAACGAGAAUAUUGCUCCAGAAAAGAUUAAAGCUGAAAUUGAAUCGGAGGUAAAUCAUUUUUUAUUAGCUUCUUAAUGUGUUUUAUUAUUUUGUGUUCUUUUUAUACGUUUUUACUGUAGUUAUAAGUUCCUAUGUGGUUAAUUAAUUUUGCUUUUCAGAGAUGUAACGGUGUCAUUAACAAAAAGUCGAUUUGCAACGGUGCUAUUGAAGUGAAGAAAGAGUUGAAUGGACAAUGUAAUGGAGGAAGCACCAAGACUGAAAUUGUAGAGAACGGAAUGCCAAAGUCUAAUGGAGAUUCCAAAAAGACCGGAAACAAUGGAAGUGCACAGGAAUCUGACGAUGAACCUCAUUCGAGUGUUGAUCACGAAGAGAUCGUGGAAACCUCAGAUGCCAUUAAUGGAAAGAACGAUUCUGAUGAGAGUGUAAGUAGUGAAAAGAAUGGUGAUUCUCACGAAAACGGCACUAACGAGAUUCUAAAAGGAAACGGAGUAAUAAAAGAGGAUUCUGGAGAGAAGGAGCAGACCGUGAAGGAGCAUCUGGAACAGAAAGAGCUUCUCAACGGCUACAUUAGGAAGAACAACAAAAGACAGUCCGAUGAGUCGCUACAGAACGGGACGGCAUCCAAGAAACCGAAAACAUUAAAGAAGAAGCCGAACGCAGUGGAUCCCGUAGAUAACGGUAUUGAUUCACCUUCGACUUCUGCCGUGCCGAUUACUCCAACCCUACCAACGCUGUCACCGUCUAAGAUUCCUCAAUUCAUGUGCGAAUGGGACGUGUGCACGAGGUAUUUCCACAACGGCCAGAGUAUGAUCUACCAUGUUCUACACGAACAUCUUGGGGAAGUUGGCAGCUCACUGUCACUUUGUAAGUGGCCUGGCUGUGAGAGGACGCCGAGGUCACGCUGGUCGAUGAUAACCCAUCUACAAGAUCACCAUUGCAAUGAAACUGUUUUAUCUAACGCACAAAGGAAACGAAGAGAUAUGGGAGACAUGAAUUACAUCGCUCAGAUGAAGAAACUGCUCGAGACCGAGACGCCCGCCACUAAUCACGCUGGCUACUCAAAGUUUGCUGCAUACGAUGCGAUCAGAAGACACGCAUUUAAUUUCAUGACCAAAGAGUUUACUGUAAGUUUGUUUCAAAUAUUGAAUUGAAAUUGUUGUUUUAGCUAAGUGAUUAAUGUAACGAAUAAAUGACUUUUAAUCCCUUUCAGGACGAGCAAGAAGGUCCAGUGACAAAGAACUUGAGGUUAACAAGUUGUCUUAUUCUCAGGAAUUUGGCCAGUAAUUCACUAGAAGCUAGGAAGUAAGUUGUUAAAACUAUAUUGAUCUAAUGAUAGUAAGAGUUUAUUCUUAUGAACGUAACCUUAUUUCCAAUAUAUUAGUAUUAUAUUUUCAGGAAGAUCCGGCAAUACGAAGGCCUCUUCUCCUACCUAGCAAUGUCACGAAUGGAAAGCAGCUCUACCGUGGCCCAUCUUCUGGGCGCCAUCAGUAGCGCUGAAGCCUGA